AUGUCUGGUAGCGCAGGUUAUGAUCGACACAUUACUAUCUUUUCAGAUCAGGGUCGAUUAUAUCAAGUCGAAUAUGCCUUCAAAGCCAUCACCGCGGCCAACAUCACGUCAGUAGGAGUAAGGGGGAAGGAGUGCGCCGUUGUACUAUCACAAAAGAAAGUCCCAGACAAGCUGAUCGACCCUUCCUCUGUCUCUCAUAUCUUCAAACUAUCGCCCUCGGUCGGAUGCGUCAUGACUGGCUCAAUAGCGGAUGCUCGAGCUUCAGCCGACAGAGCAAGAGGAGAAGCUGCUGAGUUCAGAUACAAGAAUGGAUAUGAAAUGCCCUGUGAUGUCCUGGCCAAACGACUGGCGAACAUCAACCAGGUUUACACGCAGCGAGCAUACAUGCGACCCCUAGGAAUUGCCAUUACCUUGAUAUCCGUCGACGAUGAGUUCGGCCCUCAACUCUACAAAUGUGAUCCGGCUGGCUACUUCGUCGGCUACAAGGCCACAGCGUCCGGCCCGAAGCAACAAGAGGCACUCAAUCAUUUGGAAAAGAAGUUGAAAAACAAGGAUUACGCUCCUGGGAGCUGGGAGGAGGUGGUUGAGUUAGGCAUCAGCACCCUCAGCACUGUCUUGAGUGUUGAUUUCAAGAAAGGCGAAUUGGAGAUCGGGAUCGUUGGUGGACCCAAGGCUGAUGGAAGUGAAGGCACCGAACGAGAAUUUAGGACGCUUAGCGAAGACGAGAUUGAGGAACGACUUCAAGCCAUCGCUGAACGCGACUGA